UGUUGCACACGCGCGCACACUCAAGGAGCAGCGGCAGCAAAGUGGGGCUUUUUUUUAAUAAUAAAAAAGGCAGUUCUUUUAAAAGAAGAAAGAAAACACGGACGCGGUGUGGAAAAUGUCACAGAGCUGAGUGAGCGAUAACUCGACUAUUUUUUUAUUUUAUUUUUUUAAGUUUUAAUUUUGUGGGAACGUAAUUAACGCUUUGGCAUUCCGGAGGUGGACUAGAGAGAGGCAACACACUGAGAGCCUGGAGGGAUAUUUACAAUAGAAACAGUUGUUUUUCUGUAGAAGAAGAAGAAGAAGAAGAAGAAGAAGAAGAAGAAGAAGAAGAAGAAGAAGAAGAAGAAGAGGAGGAGUGAAAGAUAACACUGGAAUGAAGAGGAGCUCCGGAUUCCCGGCGUGCCGCGGAGCUGUGACUGAUGGAUGAAUGUGGUCAUCUGUAGGCUGCGUACGGCGACAGGUAGGGAGAGCGGCGGUGACGAGGCUCCACUCCCGGGACUGAGCUGCUCCAGUCGGCCACAGGUCACACAGGACACUGCCCCUCCGGAGAGAAAGAGAGAGAGAGAGAGCAGACCGGUGAAGGACACAAUAAGUGGGACAGAUGUAUCUUAUACCGAGCUCUCAUGCUCCCGACUGAUCCGAGCUCACCUUGCCAGCGGCCGAAGCGCAGACAAAAGACCCCCGGCGCCCCCCUCUCCCUCUCUGGACAUUUUUCUCUCAGCAUGGCGGGACUCGCUUGUUGGAAGUAUUACCUCUGGAUGUUUAUCCUAAUAUGCAGGUCGGCCUUACUCUCAGCCAGAUCACUGGAGACCAUCAUCUGGAGCUCCCAGAACCCCAAAUUCCUUCCUGGAAAAGGUCUCAUCAUCUACCCAGACAUCGGGGACAAGCUGGAUAUCAUCUGCCCCAAAGCGGACCAAGGCAGAGAUUAUGAGUAUUUCAAGCUGUAUUUGGUGAAGAGGGAGCAGGCGGAGAGUUGCAGCACGGUGCUCGACCCCAACGUGCUGGUGAACUGUAACAARCCCGAGAAGGACAUCAAAUUCACCAUCAAAUUCCAGGAGUUCAGCCCCAACUACAUGGGCUUGGAGUUCAAGAGGAACGUCAACUACUACAUCACCUCAACCUCCAACGGCACGGUCGAGGGUCUGGAGAACCGGGAGGGAGGCGUGUGCAAGAGCCGAGCCAUGAAAGUCAUCAUGAAAGUCGGGCAAGUCCCGAAMGCAGCGAACCCGGAAACUCCAGAGGACAACGUCAUACCAGAGUCCAGUUCCAGUCCGCCGGAUCAGGGUCAAGAAGUGCCCGUGAUGCCAGGAAACCGUGACUCCAUGAACCAGGACCAGGCGGGGUCCCCUUCAAACACCGACGGGUUCCUCGACUCCAAAGUGGCYGUGUUCUCCGCCAUCGGGGCUGGCUGCAUCAUCUUCCUCGUGCUCAUCCUCCUCCUCGUCAUCCUCCUCAUCAAGAUGCGCAAGCGCGCCCGGAAGAACACCCACUCGCACGCCCGGCCCUCGGCGCUGUCGCUCAGCACGCUGUCCAACCCCAAGCUGCCGGGCGGCACGGCCGGCACGGAGCCCAGCGACAUCAUCAUUCCGCUGCGGACAGAGAACAACUACUGCCCUCACUACGAGAAGGUGAGCGGCGACUAUGGCCACCCCGUCUACAUCGUGCAGGAGAUGCCUCCGCAGAGCCCYGCCAACAUCUACUACAAGGUCUGACACACCUCGCACAGCCAGGAGAGGAGGACACGAGGACGCCUGAUUUACCUUCUGGGGAGGAACACUUUUUCUUUGCCCCCUCCUCCCGCCCCACCCUCCYGGGUUCUUUCUACCACCUGCUGCACAAAUCUGGAGAAACGCACUGACCAGUGACCAGCGGGGUCGUGAGCUUGACUGACGAGAGAGGCUUAUCCUGUUUGUUUGGGAUGUCUGACAAUCCCCCCCCCUCAUCCUCCCCCACGKGCCAUCACCUCCCACCCUCUCCCCUGCUGACAGGUGAGGGGGGAGGGCUGUGGGCCGUCGCAACCAACCAGCAGAUGGAAACUCCAGCUUCGUGUUUUUAUUUUAUUUUUUUUUGUCCCGUUAACGGACAGGAUAUAACUUAUCUCCCCCGACGUACAGUCCGCUCGACACCCAAUUAGUGGAGGAUGGCGGGGUGUGGGGGACGGGGGGGUCCCGUGCUGGGCCAGGAAACUCUCCAGAUCGCUCAGGUAUCUUACACAGUGUGUGAAACGACGUGCUCCUCUCCCUUCGCACCUCCGAUGUUUGCCUUACUUACUAUUUUUGAUGGAGGAGUUCCUUGAACCCUGAUUCAGUUCACAAAGCAGUUGUAUUUUGUUAGACUUUUUCCUACAAGUGCACAAUGUAUAGAGCUAAACCCAUCAUCAUCUUCUCACCGCUCACGUCACCCAUCACGCUCGUUUAUUUACUGUGAGAAAGACUCUGACCUGGACUCUGGAUGUCGAGGUGUGUGUGUGUGUGUGUGUGUGUGUGUGUCUGUGUCCCUCCCCAUGAGUUUCACCAGUACUCUGGUAUUUACAGCCUGCUUCUGUGUAUUCCAGGGUGUGUCCUCUGCAAGUGUUUGGACAUGUCCAGACCAGUCCUGUGUGAGGGGAGGUUUUAUUGGCUUUGCGGUCGAAGGCUAUGAUACUGCAACCUAAGCUUUAAGAAAUUUAAAAAAAAAACGAAAAAAA